UUCAGGCGUGGUGCAGAAAGGGGGUCGGGGAUUGGCUCUUCAAAAAUUAGCAUGGCUGACUGUUUUAACGAAGAUGUGAAAAUCCCAAUAACACAGCAAGAGUGCAAAAUAGAGCGCGAGUAUUAUUUUUAGUGCAUGUUUUCAUAUUUUUAUUUGAUCGUGCAAAAUAUUAAGCAAGUACUACUUAAAAUAAUCAAAUUCACUGCACAAGUAAAAUAGGGAUUAUAAACCAGAGUCCAACAUGUGAACUUACUUCAGUAAAUUAAUAUGAAGAAAUGAAAAGUAUUUAUGCACAAGUGAAAAAACUGUAAAGUUAGUGAUCAUGUCGUUUUUUAAUAAUAUCAAAAAAGUGCUCCAUUUGGGAGGAAACGAUGCGAAAAAGAAAAAAGUGUUUAAUAAUGUGCGAAUGGAAUGCGACCCCAAGGAGUACUGGGACAUGAUUGGGGAGCUGGGGGAUGGGGCAUACGGUAAAGUGUACAAGGCACAACACAAGCAUACAGGGCAGCUUGCAGCUGCAAAAAUGUGUCGUCUUGAUGGAGAAGAGGAUAUGUCUGAUUUUAUGAUUGAAAUAGACAUUCUAUCUGAAUGCAAACAUCCAAAUGUAGUCGAAUUAAUUGAAGCAUUUCAGAUUGAACAGCAGUUAUGGAUGCUUAUAGAAUAUUGUGAUGGUGGUGCUGUUGAUAGUAUAAUGACUGAGUUAGAAAAACCGUUAAAUGAACCACAAAUUACUUAUGUGUGCCAAAAUAUAUGUAAAGGUCUGCAGUUUCUACACAAGUCUCAUAUCAUUCAUCGAGACCUUAAGGCUGGAAAUGUACUACUGACUAUGAAUGGUGGGGUCAAAUUAGCCGAUUUUGGGGUGUCUGCAAAAAAUAAGUCGACCUUCCAGAAACAUGACACCUUCAUAGGCACCCCGUAUUGGAUGGCCCCGGAAGUGGUACUCUGCGAGACGUUUCGAGACAAUCCGUACGAUUUCAAAGUUGAUAUAUGGUCUUUGGGUAUAACGCUUAUCGAGUUUGCUCAAAUGGAGCCGCCAAACCACGAGAUGUCGCCUAUGAGGGUACUUUUAAAAAUUCAAAAGUCUGACCCUCCCAAACUGGAACAGCCCUCUAAAUGGUCUAAAGAAUUUAACGACUUUGUUUCAAAGGCUCUAACGAAGGAUCCACAAAAAAGGCCUACCUGUGAAGACCUUUUAAGACACCCAUUCAUUAAUUGCACCAUCGACUCUAAGCCCAUUAGGGAUCUAUUGUUAGAAUACAAGGCUGAUAUCGUGGAGGAGGAAUUACUGACCGAUGACGAUCCAGAGGACAAUCGAGCUUCCCAAGUUCCUCUGGAUAUCGAAGAUGACACUACUUCUGUAAAAAGUAACGAAGUUGAUUCUUCUAAACCCGCGGACACAGGACAAGCUAAACGGGAAAUUGAAGCAGAAAAUAUCGACCCGAAAAAGCUCAAAAAGGAGAACUCUACCGAAUCAACUACUUCUGUUCAAAGCAGGUCUUCAGCAGAAGAAGAGAAACGAUCGGCUGAAAAACGAGAACUACAAAGAAAAACGUCAAGAGACAAGGGCCCCGCUCCGUUACCACCCCUUCCACCUCCUCAAACUUCCGUCGAAUUAAUCAGACAAAGUAGCACUGAAAAAGAGAAAGCACCAGAAGUUCCUCCCGUUCCCGUAGUUUCGAUCGCUCAAGUGCCUCCUCCUCCACCUCCACCACCUUUACCACCUGUGCCAUUGCCAAUUCUCCCUACGCCACCUUCGUCACCACUUACACCACCAAGUACACCUCCCUUACCACCACUUGUUCCUCCUGUUUUACCAUCUGCCAAAACUUUACAGGAUCAAUUGAAGAAAAUCCAAGAAAAGAAGACAAAACAACCAGAAGAAAACGAAAACAAAGAUGCUACCAACAAGAAAAUUUUGGAUGGACAUAUUGAGGCUGUUAUUACCAAUAAGAUUGUUCCUCAUAUUCCUGCAGACAAAAAAGAACUGGAAAUUGACAAUAAGAUUCGACGAAAGUCAGUUGGCGAUGAUUUGGAUAGGAAUAAAACUGAGGAAAUUGAACGAAACCGUAAAAAGUCUUUGGAAGAAGGUGUAUGGGAAAAGAGGGCUCUCAUUAGAGAAAUACCUGGUGAAUUGAAUCAAACUAGUGACAGUGUAACUAUCACAACACCGUCUAAUGCGAUAAAUGUAGACAACUCUGCAGGAAGUUUAGUUGUCGUCUCCACCCCAUCCGCUGACCGUGGGAAAGUUAACACGUCCACUGUAACAAUUAUUUCUGAUCUUCCAGAUCCGUCCAAUAGUCUUGCCUCAAAUAUAAGUCAAGUUACCGUGGUGACUACUCAUCCCCCUGUCAUAAUCGACAAUAUGCACAGCAUUUCUCGCUUACCUAGUUCAUCAUCAGCGACAACUGCAGGAAGUAACGAAGUCGUUAUAGUUUCAAACGAAAUGAACAAAACUCACGUAAACGAAUCGUCUUCUACCGAUGAUGAAUUCUCACCAUCUCUAGAUUCUCUGGAAUAUCUCCCCCCUCUUGCGUUUCGGGACACUCGUCAGAUAAUGACAAAUGCUAAAAAACUGGACGAUAGUGAAGUGCUAAUCGCCGAUUCAAGCUAUGUAAUUAAUGAUUCUGGUCUGGACGUUUCGGAAGAUGAUGCCAAUCAUCCGCUACUAGAUACCAGCCACGUAUCUGUUGUCAAAAUAGACGAAGAAAAAGUUCAGGUAAAGGACUCCGCAUCGGUUGUGUAUGAUAGAAUGCGCGGAUCUACAAGUGAUCUGUCUUCGGCUAGAAGUGGAAGCAGUAAAAGUGGUAGCGAGUCCGCCACAUCUAUAAUCCUCGAUGGUAAAGAGGGAAAAGUUAACGGACAAAUCGUUUAUUCUACAAGCCAGGAUGAUGUAUACAAAAAGAAUAAAAAGAACAAUGCACUUAAUGGAAAAAUGUAUCCCGACAGUUUCGAAUCAAUUCCUUGCGAUUCCAGGUCGCAUAGCGAUAGUGGGGGCUCGGUCAGAAGUAAUGAUUCUUCCAGUAGACGUCCUAUAUCUAGUACAAGCAAGAGCAUUGAACAGUCAGAUGCAGAAAGCAUUUCCUUGGCUAGUCACGACAGUAGAGGUAGUAGUGGGAAGGAACAUAGAAAUGAAAGAUUGUCGGAGUCCGGAGAACAGGAAGAUGAUGUGGUGCUCAGAAGAAAACCACAAACAACUCGCAGCAUCAAGGAUGAAAUGAUGGCGCUUAACAACUUGAAUAGAAAGACGCGAAAACGGACGCGACGUUUUGUGAUAGACGGCGUAGUCAUUACAACGACCACGAGUAAGGUGAUUUACGGUGACGAUGACAAUAAUACGAUUAGCGACCCACAUCAGUUCCGUAAAUUAGAACUGCGCGAAUUGAAGUACCUACAAAAACAGGAACAAAAACAGUUCCAAGACUUGUAUUUGAAAGAAAAUCUUGCGACGGAACAGCAGGAGAAGCGAUUUGAGCAAGAACGCGUAGCUCUGGAGAAGACGUUUGAAAGUGACUUAGAAAUGCUCAGUCGACAGCAAAGAAUGCUUAUAGAAAGAGCAGAAGCUCAAUUGGACACAGAUCUUCGAGCUUUAUCGAAAAAAAUUCGAGCUGACCAAGAAAGAGAACUUAAACAAUUUCGUGAAGGUCUUAAACAAGAAUUGCGAUUGCUCAAGGCCGAAAUCGACCGACUUCCCAAAGAGCAACGUAAACAAGAGUACAAAACUCGCAAGGAAAAAUUAGACGCAGAACAUCUAGAACGUGAGCGCGCCUUUUUAGAAAAACUAAAUGAAAACCACGAAAGUUCAUUGAAGAGAAUGAGCGAUUCCCAUCGAGAAAAGAUUGCCUUAAUGGAACGACAGUACCUUCAACAAAAGCAGCAACUAACCAGAACAAGAGAGGCGGCUCUGUGGGAAAUCGAGGAGAAGCAAAUCCAUGAGAAACACCAGCUUAUAAAAAGACAGCUCAAGGACAUCUUCUUCCUUCAACGACAUCAAAUGCUUAACCGCCACGACAAGGAAAUGGAACAAGUUAAAAGAAAGUCGGCCAAAAAGGAAGAAGACUUGCUUAAGAAGCAAGCAAUUGAAAGAAGGGCGUUACCGAAAAGAAUACGUGCCGAAAUGAAAGCACGGGAGAUGAUGUUUAGAGAGUCGAUGCGUAUUUCCGUUUCUGGAGGCGUGGCAGAUCCUGAAGUAGAUAAGAACCGAUUUAAAGAAUUCCAAGAAAACGAAAAGAUACGUUACCAAGCAGAACAACAUCGGUUUGAACUUAAACAUCAACGACAGUUAGAAGAACUUCGAGCCAUGAACGAAGCAACAAUUAAAGAAUUGGAACAGUUGCAGAAUGAAAAACGCAAAAUGCUCACAGAACAUGAAACCAUGAAAUUGAAGCAGCGCGAAGAAACAUAUGCACAAGAACUGCAAGAAUGGAAAGCUCAAUUGAAACCCAGAAAACAGAAAUUAGAGGAGGAAAUGUAUACAGAACUAGUGUCUGCAGCAUGUACUAAAUAUUUAAUGCAAGUGGUGCCUUGGGCUGGCAGUACCUCGACAGACGACGCUCGAAGUGUCAUCAGCGAUUACAGUUAUAUCUCGCCUUUGUCUUCGAUUCGUGGAAAUCGGCCUGUUACUGUGGAUGGCCAAUUGCAUUCUAAACGUCCUGGUAUUACCACGAGGUCUCGUAGCUCCGAAAAUCUCGCAAAUAGGAAAAGUAUUUCGCUAAAACGAGCCGUGGAGACUAAUCCGGAUUCUAACGUCUAAAUCAAUGUUGCUCAAAGUUGUUUUUUUCUGUUGCCUUUUAGGUUGCUUUCAUUUUAUCCUUUGUAUUCGUUUUCUUCGUGGUUAGGUUGUCCUUUACAUGUUCUUCAUAGUUGAUUCUAUGUUUUGAACAUUAACAAAUUGAAUUUUUAUGACGUAUAAAAGUGUCUUGGCAGUGUCUUGUAAUUGUCUUUGUAUUUUGUUGCAUUUCUCCAUGUUGUAAGCAAAGGCGUACUUUAGUGUGAACCCCAUUAAUUUUGUGUGAAUAUUGUACGUAUAUAUGUUCUUAAAUUCGUCGUUAAGAAUUUCCGAUUAGUCUUGUUCCACUCUUCUUCAAACUGAACAGGUGUGUAAAUUAUAAUUUUAAAAAUCACUCGCCCAAAUUGAUCUAUUGGACAUGUUCAUUAAUCCCGAAGUAGUCGGCCCAAAGAUUGGUCAGACACACCCUCACUCCUUCGUAUCCUGAACACCUCACAUCCCUAACUAUUUGCAAAUGAAAUCUAAUUUAGGUAUUCCUCUGCCCCUCUACUUUUUUUGUACUUCUAAUAUGUAUCCAACUAACCCUUCGGAUCUAUCCUUCUCCAUAUUGACUUCCACUCUAUUCUCCUAUAUUUUUUUUUCAAUACUUCCCUAUUUAUAACUUUUUCAAUCAAUGGUAUUUUCUCUAUUCGCCUAUAACGCUAUAAAAACACAUCUCAAAUGCUUCUAAUUAUAAUUGUAUAUUUAAAUCAUUUUUGUAAUCGACAUUUCAGAAAUUGGAAGAAGCAUUCCUACAACAACUGGAGGAACAAGUGAGAAUUUACGGGCCAAUAGGCUGCACAUUGCCCGCAGAUCUUCCUGAACUUAGUCACGAUCCUCGGAUCGGACUCGGGUCCACACGUAGUAGCUUAUCUUCCAUGUCGGAAGGUUAAAAGAGAAGGCUAAUCUAACAUUUUCAAGAGGCCUCCGUCCAUUGUUAUUUCGUUUUUUUUUUGUCGUCAGACGCCCAAAAGCGCAUUCAGAUAUUAUAUUAGCAGUUCGAAUCAAGGGAUCUGAAGUUUAGGUCAAAAAUCAAUACACCGGUCCGGACUUUAAAUAAUUGCAUUGUAAAUACAUAAAAUGUUAUACAUAGACUGAGUAAAUAGUUACGAGAUUUUUGAGAUAGAGAUUAAGUUACGUAGAGUUGUAAAUCGUAUUACACUA